AACUCCCCUUUUUUCUCUGCCCUUUUUUGUCUGAAACCCAACAACAACUACCACUCUCUUCCCAUUUCUGAUUUCACUUCUUACAAAUUUCUCUGCAUUUUCCUGUUCAUUCUUCACUCUACUUUCUCUUCAAUCCCUUUUCUCUGAUACCCAAUUCAUCAAUUUCUUCUUUUUUCUUCUGAAAAAUCUAUGGAAAUUUGAUAGAAAGGAACAAAUACACUACUAUAUUAGGAAUUUUGUUGUGUAUGUUUAAUCCGUCCUUCCCUUGCCCCCAAGCCCCAUUGAUAUUCAGCAUUGGGAAAAAUAUGCCGUUUUAAGAGAUUUUGUUUGGGGAGGAUAGAGAUUUCAGAAAAACAACGUUCAACAUGUCAUAUACUGGGUCACAGCAGCAAUAUGGACUCGGUGACUUGCAGCAUCUGCAGCAGCAGCUUAUGGUUGCACGGUUACAGGAACUUCAAAGGCAACAGCAACUUGGGCAGUUUGGUGAUGCAAAGCCAUCAAGUUCCGUCAAUAAUCUGUCUGCGUUUGUGAAACAUGCUGCAGGGGGUCAAAUUCCAAAGCUAAGUGGGCCCUUAAGUGCAUCAAAAAUGGUUAACCAUAACUGGAUGCAUCACAAUGUCUCUUCAUCUAUGCCAGGAAUAACCCGAGGAUCUACUAAUUCCCCUAGUGAAGGACUAAGGGUGAAUCCUGCUUUGCAACAGUCUGAAAUUUCAUUAUACGGAGCACCUGUAUCAAGUGGUAGAGGUGAUUUGGGACAGUAUUCUCCUGUCCAAGUAGCUUCUUAUAGUUCUGUCAGUUGGCUUUCUGCUAACUCAGAUGAUAAGCCCGUCUCACAAUUGCCCGUUUUAAAUAAUUCCUAUGGUAAUCAAGCAUCUUUUCAGAUGUUAAAUAGGGGAUUCUCUUUACAAAGUUCUCCGCAAGUGAAACCGUUGCCAUCAGAAUAUAACAGAACAGGUGAUCAAACUAAGGACUCCCAAAUUACAGCUACUUUAGACCCUCUAGAAGAAAAGAUCUUGUUUGAUACAGACAGCGGAUGGGACUCUUCUUUGAGCAAGCUUGCUGGUAUAGAUACUGCUGAAUAUGCGGAUGGUUCGAGUUGCAAGGAAUAUAUGGACUCUUUUUCUUCCAUUCAAAGUGGAAGCUGGAGUGCUCUUAUGCAGUCUGCUGUUGCUGAAGUUUCUAGUAGUGACACCGGUAUGCAGGAAGAGCUAAGUGGUUUAAGUUUCCAGAACACAGACUCGUCUAUCGGCAAACAACCAUCGAAUAAUUUGAAUGCUCUUGUGUCAUCUGUUGACUCUACAUGGGCGGAUUGUCAACAAGUACAAGGUCCUGUUCCAGAUAGAUGCCCAGUAAAUGAUUGCAUCGGGUUGAAUGAUAAGAAUAUUAGAGGCAUAAUAAGAAAUGAUAAUGAGUUUAAUCAGCAAGCUAUUGAUAGUCAUAGUUUCAUGUCUACCCAAGAUAUUACUGCUCAGAAAGAUUGCAAGAGCAUGGGGUAUGACCUAGGUGGUAAACCCAUGGCUGUUGAUAUGCUUUAUAAACGAGCAGCUGAAAUAUAUGGGAACCAAAAUCGCUAUCGAGGAGAAAAUUCAUGUGACAGCUUUAAUUCCAAAAUGUCUCAAGCUUAUGUAGCUCAAGUGGGUCCUGCAUCCUUAAAUGCAGAAGACUCUGGAUCUUCUGCAAGGAGCAGCCACAAGUCACACAAUCAAGACCGUUGCAUAUCCUCACCAGGAACUAGCAGUCAGCAAGAGAACUUUAGCCUCUUCAAGACUUCCAACGCUUUUCCUACAAAUAACAAUUCUAUGAUUAAGGGGAAGCCAAAUUUGUUAGCUGAUGCAUUUUCCAAAGGCAGUCCGGCAUCUGAUGUAUCUGCUUCCUUCGAUAGUCAGUAUAUGCCUGAGCAUGAUAAAGAAAUCCUACCUAGGGAUCGUGAAAGUAUUGUGCAAAUUGGUUCUGAUGUCGGUCAGACUGAGUCCCAAGAAUUGAAUAUGCCAAACGUCACUAUUUCUCAGGGAGUGGUCACUCCAGACAGAUUUUCCUUUCAAAGCUAUGUGCCACAGGACUCAAGGCUUGUUGAUUCAGGAAAUGGACAAAAUAGUCAAGCUUGGUGGACACCGUCGUCUUUUGGGCAUUCUUUUUCUCCAUUGCAAGGAGCUUCUAUAUCGCAAAGUUCCACUGGCAAGUCUAAUGUUUAUGGAAAGACUGGUACUUCAAACUUAAAAAGUGAGAGAAGCUCUCAUGAAGGUUUAGUAUCUGGUCUUCGGCAUGUAAACAGCCAGUUAGACGAGAAUCAUGUAUCUAAAAUGUUUGACACAUGUACUGAGACGAGUCAACAAAUGUCCUCUAGUUUUUCUCCUGCUCAAGAUUACUUCACAUUAAAAAACGCUAGCUCCUUUGACCAUGAAUAUACUGCCUCAUUAGCUUCGGCAGUUGAACAGUCAGCAGUAAUUCAAGGAAAAUAUCAUCCGGGCGUGAAGCCUCUUAAUGUGUGGAUGCAUGUUCCAAAUCAGAAGGAUAAGAUAGAUAUGCCGUCAUUGAUCGAUCUACCUUCCAGAAAUUCAGAAAUGGGCAAAGACAGUUCUGUAAACCAGCAGGGCUAUGUUAAUGGUCGGUUGGUUCAGGAGAAACUAGGUAUUGUGAAUGAUGGUGAGAAUAAGGUGGACGAUAAUUCUGUUACUGUAUCAAACUUAAAUAAGGAGUGGAUUCCUGAUAUUCCAGCGCUGCAAUCACAGCAAGAAAUGCAUAAAGUGCCAGCCUUUGCCCAGGGUUACUCUAAUGGGAACAAUGUCUUAUCUGAUAAAAUUACCCAUCUACAAAUUAGAGCUCAGACUGGAUCUGCUGGCUAUUUGCAAAAGGACUUUUUAAAUAAUAGGCAGAUGCUUGGUCUCGGUGAUUCUGUUAAGCUAAAUGAGAAUCGGAAGUUUAGUGGCACUACCACACAUUUUAACGGAUCUGAUGAGAAAAAUGAUAUUCAGGCAGGUGUGGCUAAUCAGAUAGCGACCAGUGAACAAUCGAUACCGUCUUUCAUUCGUCUUCCAGAUAAUGUAAACUCUGUUCUUAGUAAAAAGCGUAAGAGUGCAAUGUAUGACUGCCUUCCAUGGCACAAGGAGGUGAUGAAAACUAGCCAGAGCUUUCUAGAUAUCAGUACUGCAGAGGAAGAGUGGGCAGAGGCUACAAAUCGGCUAAUAGAGUGUGUGGAUGAAGCUGAGAAAAUUGAUAAAUUGCAACCAGUUUGUGCCAAGAGAAGACUCAUCUCGACAACAAAGCUCAUGCAGCUGAUUAUUCGACCUCCACCACCAGUCGUUCUUUCAGUAGACGCUACUAUGAGUUAUGAGAUUGUGACAUACUCUAUUACGAAGUUGGCAUUAGCCGAUGCAUGCAGGUCUGCCAAUAAAAUAAGAACUGAUUGUAACAUGCCUCAGGAAAAUGGGAACAUGAAGGGGAAUGGUAGGAUGGUUGCUCGUAUUUCCGACAGAGCUACCAAACUUUUUCACAGAAUCAAAGAGUUGGAAACCCAUAUAGGGAGAUUGAACAAGGAUGUUUUCAUUAUGGAUCUCCUGGUGGAAUGCCAGGAGCUCGAGAAGUUCAGUGUUAUUAACCAUUUUGCAAAAUACCAUAGCCGUGUAGCAGGGUCGGCAGCAACUGAUACAGCUUCUUCAACCAGCAUCGCAUCUUCCAAACCAUUUCUUCGGAGAUAUGUAAGCGCAGUUCCAUUCCCCGAGAAUUUACCCCAAGGGGUACAGUGCUUUUCACUUUAAACCAAAAUUUCACCUUUUUCAUUCACCACAGUACAUAAUCUCUUUCCUGUCACGCGUUUCAUUUCUUAUAUCCAUAUCUGCCUUAUGCAAUGCUCUUGCAAGCAUAAUCUAUCGGAGGAGACCACCCCAUGAAUGAACAUGGAUCUCUUUUCCUUUUGAAGGCCGGUUAUCAAAUUUUCACAGUGCAUACAUCUUCUGUAUAUCUUUUUCUUGGGUGGAAAUUAGGAAGAAUUCAGAAGUAAUCUAGUCCGGUCUUCUGCGACAGGUACGGAUGUUAAACUUAGAUGUAUCUAUAUCUUCCAAAGGCAAAUUAAAACUAUGUAGUAUUAUGUAUAAGUGUAGAUAUAUGAUCAGAUAAACUAUUGCAUUAGGCUUAUUUCCUUUGGCUCCCCGUCUUGCCAUCCCGUAUCCCCUAUCCUCUCCCGAGAAAAAGGAAACCCAACGAGAUUUGUUAAAGUAAAAUAUCAUACUAUUUGGUAGCGUGAAUCCAUCAUCUCUUGAAAGCACAGUUGGAACUUGGAAGUUUCUAAUUUGGGAAGUAAUUAGUUGGUUGUCUUUUGGGUUUGGUGGGAAUAAAAUUUGAAAAUCAGUUGGAA